GCCAAGCAACAUCUAAUCAACCGCUUAAAGCCAAAUCCACAAGGAUUCAUUCCUUUGGAUAACUUUAUGAAGCUUCCCGUUGCGGAGGAGUAUCAACUACGAAAGAACUCCACAACUGAGGGAGAGUGGAAACUGGUGCCAUUUUUUGAAUGGUUUUUCAAAUUAGCCGAAAUAGUGAACAAAUAUCUAUACAGCAUGUGGUAUGACGGGUUAGUUUUCGGAUUCUGCAGCAAAGAAGAUUCCGAGAAUCUUCUACGAUGCAUUCCGCGAUCUGUGCUUCUUGUGCGUUUUUCAGAUAUUGAAUAUGGGAAAAUCAAAAUCUCUGUCAAAGACAGAAAUGGAGGGGAACACUACGCUGCCAAGAAGCUUUUCGGGCGAAUUUUUGAUGACUUCUCCUGCCAAAAUAUGUAA